UCCAGAGCUAGCAGUGCUCAGCAGAGGGAGGAGAGAGCGCUCUGCUCUGUCACAGUCUGACUGUGAGUGGGGGCUCAGCAUGCAUGAGUCUGUGCCGCUCUGACAUGCCUGCUUGGAUCCUAAUAAACUGAACAUUGCAUCAUUCAUGUUUGUGUUUGUGUAGAGAAGACACGCUGCUUGCUGGACAUGCUGAACCCAAAGACCCAGUGCCCGGCACAACAUGCACCCAGCUGUUCCCUCUGCAAAGUCCCUAGUAUGAGACUUCAGCUUGGGGACUGAGCAACUCUCAUGUGCACUGUAACUUACUGUUCUGCACUGAAGGGAUUGCCCUGCUGCUAGUGCUCAUGGGAAUAAAGCCAGUUGCUCUUGGCACAGACACCCUAACUGGGGGAAUGCUCAGACUGGUGAAGAAGGGACAAGGGGAGUAGAAUGUACAGGAUCCUGCCAGAAAAUCCAUUGAUUUUUUUGUAUGUUUUUCCUGCACUUCGGAAACUUUUGCACGUGUCACGUUUUUAUUACUCUCAAAGUUCAACUAUCCUGCACUGGGCAUUAGAGGAGCUGCCCGCGUCUCCUGGCACUGGACUGGCACAGUAGCCCUGCAGCAUUUUUUUUUUUUUUCUUUUAACCCUCGGAUGUUCUAAAACUGUUGCCUUGUUCCUGGUGAAGGUUACUGUGCUGGAAAAGUAAAAGUAUUCCUGCAGGAGUAAUGGAUACGGUUGGCAUCACUGUGCAGAAGAGGGCAUCGGAGUUGGAGCAAAUGGCUGAGGUUCUUAUAAUUGGAGAACAGCUAAGGCUGCGGCUACAUGAGGAGAAACUCGUUAAAGAUAGAAGGCACCAUCUGAAGACCUACCCUAACUGCUUUGUGGCCAAAGAAGUGAUUGACUGGCUUAUUGAACGCAAAGAAGCCUCGGAUAGGGACACAGCAAUAAAACUUAUGCAGAUAAUGAAUGAUAAUAGCAUUAUCCAUCAUGUCUGUGACGAAUACAAGGAAUUCAAGGAUCUCAAGAUAUUUUACCGGUUUCGGAAAGAUGAUGGAACGCUUCCACUGGACCAAGAAGUUAAGGUGUUCAUGAGAGGACAGCGGCUCUAUGAAAAGAUCAUGAAUUCCGAAAACACCCUCUUGCAAGCCAGAGAAGAGGAUGGCAUCAAAUAUGAACGCACUUUUGUGGCUUCUGAAUUCAUUGAUUGGCUGAUUCAAGAACAAGAAGCUAAAACACGAAUGGAGGCUGAGCAGCUGUGCCGAAGGCUACUAGAGCAUGCCAUAAUCCAACAUGUGGCAAACAAGCGCCAUUUUCUGGACAGCGAGCUGCUCUAUCAGUUCAGGUUAAACUUCAGGCGAAGGCGGAGGGUCAUGGAGCUUCUGAAUGAGAGAUCCCAGCGCAUGGGGGAAAGUCACGACAGCCCUUUCUGUCUGCGCAAACAGAGUCAUGACAAAUCAACAAGCUUUCUCUCUGUGAGCCCUACAAAAGAAAUAAAGAUUGUGUCAGCGGUGAGGCGGAGCAGUAUGAGCAGCACCAACAGUGGAGGGUAUUUCGCUAACAGCGUCACACUCAGUAGCAGCCCGCCUGUGGUAAUGUGCAACCCAAAGUCAGUGCUAAAGAGGCCUGUGACUCUAGAUGAACUUCUGGCUCCGGGAGCGCCCUAUACAAGGAAGACUCUUACUAUUGUCAGCGAUGCAGUAGGAUGGGGGUUUGUUGUCCGAGGGAAUAAGCCAUGCCAUAUCCAAGCAGUUGAUCCAAGUGGCCCGGCAGCUGCGGCAGGAAUGAAGAUCUGCCAGUUUGUGGUGUCGGUAAAUGGUCUCAGCGUCCUGCAUUGCGACUUCAGAACAGUAAGCAACCUCAUCUUAACUGGCCCACGGACUAUUGUCAUGGAAGUGAUGGAGGAGCUCAACUCAUGAGCCCAAACGUCAACGGAAGGAUAUGGUGGGGCUUGGCUCCAAACAUACCAAAGCUAAACACAAAAUCAAUGUGAUUGUGGGUGGGCAGGCCCUUGUGCCGCCCCGGCUCACCCAUUCCUCUUGCAGGCAACAGCGUCAGACUCAAAAAACUUGAAACCCCAUUGCCAUAGCCGUCCCUCCAGUGAAUAAGCUGUGCUCAGUCUUUUCUAUGUACUGUAAUCAAGUGUCUGUGUGUGUAUAACAUACAUGGUUUACUUAUAAUGAAUGUCGAAUAUGUUUCAAAGUGCCAUUACCGAAUCACAGUGCUAUAAGUGAAUGUAUAUUGAUAUUUCACAUCCGAUGAUGUAUAGGGAUAAAUUCAGCAUUAGGGAUAGAUGCAUUUUCUAGUAUUUUAUCUACUACCAUCGGACUUUUAAGGGCAAGAUUCUAUUUGCAUUGAAUAACUAUAUAUAGAAUGGGGAGUGGGAUUGUUCCUUGUGUUAUAAAAAUGGCCAAUGGAAAAAACCCUUGUUGAGGGCUUAAGGCUGAUUAAAAUACAAAGCUAGCCAUUGGCUGCAAAGAGGAAGAGUCACCAAUUGUCCAUUGACCUGUGAUUGUCAGCUGAAAAGAUUUGCACAUUUUUUGGCAACAAUCACAGGCACUGGGUGGCUCACAGCAUUGUAGUCAGUAGGAAGUGGCCAAUGGUGGUCCAUGAAGCCCAUGUAAAAGUGUGUUGUGUGCCACAGCCCUUUAGGAUAAUAUUCAUGGUGCUUCAAACUGAAGUCCCAAUGGACUAAUGACCAACCCAUAGUACCCACGCCUAGUUUAGGGCUGGGUAAAGGCAGCACUUUGACUCGCUGUGGAUGAAGGGUGUUUAUUGUAGUAGAGGUACCAGGGUGUAUCAGAGGUGCCAGGCGUGUCAUCAGAUGAUGUUAGGAACACAUAUACCUCAUAAUCUGGCAGUGCAUUUGUGGCAAUAUCUCGGGACACAUACGGAGCGUUACUUUACAUAGAUGCCUUGUCAUUUGUGGAAAUGAUGGAAAAUUCUCACUACCAACAGCAACAUCUUUUAAGAGCAGGCAUAGAAUCUUGCCCUGGGUGUCUGUAUUCUAAAGGGCAAAUUGUUAGUGUAUGUUGCCAAAUAUGCAUUUGAUUCACCUUCCUGUGGGCGUUGCUUCUCUAUAGGCCUAUGCUAAUGGCCCAGGCUUGCAGGUACCCCACUGGGACACACUAUAGCAGCAGUCCAAUACCAUUAACUUGUGCCUCCAUUCUCCUGUAGUCUUUAUCACUUCUCUUACCUACAAAUACUUGCAAUUGUUUCAUUCGUUGUGUUAGUGCUAUCCCUAUAGUAACAGCCCUACAUAAGUUUACAAGGAUGGGCCUCAGAUAUCUCACACACACACACCUUUUCCCAAAAACUAUGGAAUUGACUGUUGUUAUCCGCCCCUCUGGCCUUUGCCUUAUGCUAGUGGCAGUAAAUUCUAAUUUGCACCAAGCAAAAGCUGCAGAGAGUACAGGGCCUGUGUGAUGCCAAUGGAAUCACUGUAUUCUGAACAUGGCGUCCCUUGGUACAGAGUUUUAGAUUGGUAGGAUAAUAUUUCAAUUUUUUUUUUUGCUUGGAUUUCUCUCAAUUGGUAUAGUUAUAUAUGUUUGGGGUAUUUAGACCAGUCAGAAAGCAUUUCAACAUUCAGGUAUUGCCUUAACUGGUCUUAAGGCUUGGCCAACUCACCCCAUGAACCCCUAUAGGAGGGCCAGCCACACUUGGUCUCAGUGCAUUGAGACAUGAAGGUUCCCAGAAAGGCUCGAGAGGUUGGGCUAAAUUAAGGUUGUAAUUAAUGAUUAAUACUGAUUUGUAGAUAACUUGGAGAUCAGAUCAGAUAUUGCAGUUGUAUGUAUGUAUGUAUAACUUUAUUUAUAAAGCGCUACAAGGAUACGCAGCCCUGUACAAUCUUACAAAGG